UUUUUUUUCAUUAAAAAACUUAGCAAGAGCAUUUGUUACACGUUUUUUAUUUAUAGUGCGUACUGCCUUUUAACUGUGCUCUUGUGGUCUGUGCCUUUGUCAAAAAUAUUGUACAUUUUGUUAUAUAUCUUCAUAUUAUAACAAUGUCGAGCCGAAAGAGUGGGUAUUCAUUUAAAUGUAUUGUGAAAUCGUGCGGAGAACUUAAAAUUCAAAAAGAAAGUGUUAGUUUUUUUUCUUUUCCCAAAGAUCCUGCUCGAUGUAAAAUUUGGUUAGAGCGAUGUCAACUGCCAGCUGACAUUCUACAACAAAAAAAUACUAAAUUAUGUGGAAAACAUUUUGAAAAAAAUAUGUUUUUAAAUUUUUUGGAGAACAGGUUAAAACCAGAUGCUAUACCUACACUAUUUCCAGAUGAAAGAGAUGGUUGUGAUGUAAGUACAUCUUUGGAGUUAUCAUCUAGUGACAAAGUUGGAAUCUGUACCUUUAUUAGCAGUUGGCACUUUAGACACCAGGAUCCUAAAUACCUGAAAAUAGUAUAAAGAUACAAAUUACAAUUAACUAUGUCAAAAUAUACAAGAUAGAAAUAUAUCUAAGACACUGCCCAUCACUGGCAGUGAAGUGAUCUCAUUAGUAUCAUUUAAUUAUUUUAAUAUGGCUAGUAUAUUGGUCACGUAUAUUAAUUUAUGUUUUAUUUUUCAGAAAUAUUUCACUGCUGCUUCUGCUUCUCCAACUUCGCCUUUAUUCCACGCAAGUGGGGUCUAUUAGUAUUUGUUUUGCUCAAUAUACCAUCAUAUUCCUGCAAUAACCAAUCCUCUUUAUCUUUUUCCUUCAAAUUUGAGUUACCUGUCUUGACUUUUAUUAUUUCUUCAUGCCUCAACAUGCCUUCUCAAUCUAUUCUCUAAUUUUUAACCCAUAUUCAUAUGGUAUCUCUCUCCACUAUUCAAGCCUGCCUUCAAACACUCGUGUGCUAUUAGCUUUUAAAACUACAUCAGCUGCAUUUAAGCUUAUACAUAAAAUAUAUAUUUGAUUUAAUAAAAUAAAAUGUGUAUUUUUUCCACCAUGUGUUUCAGUACAUUAUCCUUCCUUAACUGUGUAUUUGAUCCAUAAUAGUCUUUUACGGUUGCUAAAAUUAAAAAUUUUAAAUUUUAAGCAAGUACCUAGCAAAUAAUUUGAAUAAAGCUAAUUGGAUCUAUACAUUUUUGGAAAAAUAUUGUAAUAAACAUUUUGUUUUUCUGGUAUGGUGACACUGAUUAACCAACGCCAACAUGGCCGCCGCGUUUUUGAGUAUUCUGUAUGUUUACCGUGUUAAUUUUUAUCAGUGUCCAGGCCCUGGUGGGACACACUAUAUUCUAGCAAUAUUAGAUACAUUCUCCAAAUUCAUCAAAUUAUAUGCGUUAAAAAAAGCUACAACCAAAGCAAUCAUCAACAGGCUCGAACAAGAUUACAUUCCAAACACAGGGAAACCAAAAUCGAUCCUCACUGACAAUGGCACAUAAUUCACAGCCACGUUAUGGAAAAACAAGCUAAAAGAACUAGGAAUAACACAAAAACAUUCCACAAAAUAUCAUCCACAAUCGAAUCCCGUAGAGAGGUAUAAUAGAGAAAUAGGACGAUUACUACGAACAUAUUGCCAUGACCAACAUACAAAAUGGCCAAACAAACUCGACGAGAUAGAAAACUGAAGAAUAUACUACUGAUAUUUUAGAUUAUAUUUCGGGAUAUAUUAUUCGAAACUUGGUAAAAAAAAUGUCCUGUACUUUUUGUAUUGAAGCAUUAACAGAACAUCAA